GCGCUGGCUCAAACGGACUGGCGGGGCUUGGCACCAAUCGGGAGGGAGCGUGGAGCGCUUCAAGACUCUCAGAGGCGGGUUUGGAGUUGCAGCCGGAGCUGGUCGAGGCGGAGCGUAGAGGAGGCUAAUUUCGGGAGGUGGUCCCGUUAACGCUUCUCGACUAACGAACAAGGGGUGUGGCGACCUUCGGAGGUUAGGCGUCGAAACACGAAGGAUAGUAACUAUGGCAGCACAGGGUUCUAUAUGGGAUGGCAGCGUCUGCUGCUUCAUGACUUAAUCUUUGGUGUGUAGAGUUGCUUGUCAAUAUAAGAAUACAUAUUUUAAGCUAUGUCGAAGAAAAGCCGCACAAAGGGAGAAAAGGAUAUGGAGACUGACGCUGUCCAAGCUGCAGCUAGUGAAGACUUGCGGAUUAAAUUGAUGAACAUUCAGAUUGAAUAUCAGCAGGAAAAAGGCAAGGUGGGUAAACUGAGAGAGAAGCUCCAAGAAGUAAAACAAGACCGAGAACAGGAGCAGCGCAAGCACACAGCCUGUGUGUCUGAACUGAAGGCUAAACUCCAUGAGGAGAAAAUGAAGGGACUCCAGGCUGUCCGAGAGGUACUUAUUCGGCAGCAUGAGCAAGAAGUGGCUCGUAUGGUGAAAAUAAAAGACGGUGAAAUCCAAAGAUUGCAGUCCAAAGUAAAUGUACUGCGAGACGGAGCAGCUGACAAAGUGAAAACCGCCUUUUUAAAUGAAGCCAGGGAGGAAGCCCGGAAAUCAUUUGAUGCUGAGCGUAUAAAGAUGCAGCAAGAGAUAAUAGAACUAAAGUCAGGGAAAAAAAAAUUGGAAGAAGCCUUGAGUAACAUCAUGCAGGCAGAUAAGAUGAAGGCAGCUGACCUGCGCAUAGCCUACCAGUCCCAUCAAGAUGAAAUUAAUAGGAUAAAGCGUGAAUGCGAGAGGGACAUCCGUAAGCUGAUGGAUGAGAUAAAAGGCAAAGAGAGAGUGAUUUUCGCUCUGGAGAAAGAUCUUGGUGUGCAGGCAGGCCAUACACAAAAGUUGCUGCUCCAAAAAGAAGCACUGGAUGAACAACUUGUUCAAGUCAAAGAGGCAGAACGGUUCCAUGGCAGCCCCAAGAAAGAACUUCCUCCUGGUGUGGGAGAUGUGACUGAACUUGUGGGAACCCCGGAGCAGCACAUGGAUGAACGAGAGAUGCGGAGAUUUCAGCUAAAAAUAGCAGAACUCAGUGCUGUAAUUCGAAAGCUAGGAGACAGAAACACACUCUUAGCAGACGAAAGGAAUGAACUAUUGAAACGGUCUCGGGAAACAGAAGUGCAGCUUAAGCCACUUGUAGAAAAAAACAAAAGACUGAACAAGAAGAAUGAGAGCCUAUUGCAGAGUAUGCAAAGAAUGGAAGAAAAACUUAAGAAUCUUUCCAGGGAAUAUGUAGAAAUGAAAGAAAAGUCAUCUGCUCAACCAGGAUUGAGAAGGCACACUUCAUGGAGUGAUCUCAGUAGCACUCAUGAAAAAACAGAAGUUGCAUUUCUAAAACUGCGAAUUAUAGAACAACAGCAUCUUCUUGAUGAUCUGACAGCGGAGAGUGGACGAUGGUUACGCUCUAAGAAACAGAAAACAAAAUAUCUGAAACCCACAAAGAGGCAUGUUGUGGAGACAUUUUUUGGAUUUGAUGAAGAAUCAGUUGAUUCAGAAACAUCAUCAGUAACCUCCAAUAAUACAGAUAAAACAGACAGGACUCCAGCUACACCACCAGAAGACCUGGGAGAUAGCACUCCUAAAGAAGAAGCUGACUUGAGGUUCUGUCAACUAACCAGAGAAUAUCAAGCUUUGCAAAGAGCAUAUGCAUUGCUCCAAGAACAUGUCGGGGGAAAGCAUGAUGCAGAAAGAGAAGCAAGGACACGUGAACAACUGCAAGCUGAACUUCUCAGAUGCCAAGCAAAAAUUGAAGACUUGGAGAAAGCUCUGAUUGAGACAGGACAGGACUCUAAAUGGAUAGACGAAAAACAGGCACUCAUCAUGACAAACCAAGAAUUGCUAGAAAAGAUCUGCAAAAUAGAACUAGAAGAAAACCAGCUGAUGAAUGAGAUGCAGGAUGCCAAAGACCAGAAUGAGCUGCUGGAAUUUCGAAUCUUAGAACUGGAAGAGAGAGAGCGAAGGUCUCCAGCUUUUAACCUCCAUAUAACUGCAGUCCCUGAAAACAACAGAAGUGCACUUCAGCUGUUUUGUCACCACGAGGGAAUAAAGGAUGUGAAUAUUUCUGAACUUAUGAAGAAGCUAGAUAUCCUUGGUGAUAAUGGGAAUCUGAGGAACGAAGAACAGGUUGCAAUAAUCCAAGCUGGGACUGUUCUUUCUCUCUGUGAUAAGUGGCUAAAGCAAAUAGAGGAAACUGAAGCUGCCCUUACUCAAAAGAUGAUUGACCUGGAAAAUGAAAAGGACCUGUUCAGUAAACAGAAGGGUUAUUUAGAGGAAGAACUUGACUACAGGAAGCAAGCUCUGGACCAGGCUUAUAUGAAAAUCCAGGAGCUGGAAGCCACACUCUAUAAUACUCUGCAGCAGGAGCCAGGAAAGAGAGUGAGUGAAUCACUGAAUGAGGCCCAGAAGGAGGACUUGCAUGCUGCGGUGGAGAAGGUGCGGAGGCAGAUACUCAGGCAAAGCCGUGAAUUUGAUUGCCAGAUCCUACAUGAGCGCAUGGAAUUGUUGCAGCAAGCACAGCAGAGAAUUCAAGAACUAGAAGACAAAAAUGAACUUCAGAAGCAGCAGCUAAAAGAAAUAGAGGAAAAGCAUUCAUCCUGUGGUCUUGAUGAAUCUACAGAGAAAGGAAUUGUGGCUAUGAAAAGAGCCUUUGAAGCGAACCAAUGAAUUUGUGUGCAAAUUCCAAAACUGUUUGAGCGACUUUAAGUCAAAGUUUCCUUAUUUUUCUUGAUGCAAUUGUUUGCAUUCAUAUGUUAAACUGUGGGCUAUUUGGAUUACUCUAGGUAGUUUAUAAAAUUAUAGCUAUAAACUGGAAUUAUUUGAUAAGGUGGUACUCACCAGUACAGUUUUGAGACAAGUAAAUUAUUAUUGAUUAUAUAUUUAUAUACAAAAUGUUGAACAAAAAUACAGAGACCAUUAGUGACAGCA